CCGCGCACAUGUGGGCGGAGCCAAGAUGGCCGAGGAGCUGAUUGCGACGAGAACUCAAUUUCCUGCAUCUGCUGAAUCUCAAAACCCCCAGCUAAAGAAAGCUCUGGAGUUUCCUAUUUUGGAGAAGCAGAACUGGUUGAUACAUCUCCACUACAUCCGGCAGGAUUAUGAAGCAUGCAAGACUGUUAUCAAAGAACAGCUACGGGAGACCCAGGGGUUAUGUGAAUAUGCUAUCUAUGUCCAAGCACUGAUACUUCGCCUGGAAGGAAAAAUCCAAGACUCCCUAGAACUCUUUCAGAUGUGUGCUGUUCUUAACCCUCAGUGUGCUGAUAACCUCAAGCAGGUGGCCAGAUCUCUAUUUCUUUUGGGAAAACAUAAAGCUGCCACUGAAGUAUAUAAUGAAGCAGCUAAACUUAACCAGAAAGACUGGGAGAUCUGUCAUAAUCUAGGAGUUUGCUACAUUUAUCUGAAAGAGUUGAACAAGGCAGAAGACCAGUUGCACCAUGCCCUACAUCUUAACAGGCAUGAUCUGACUUACAUAAUGCUGGGGAAGGUUCACUUGCUGGAGGGGAACUUGGACAAAGCCAUCGAAAUCUACAAGAAAGCUGUGGAGUUCUCACCAGAAAAUACAGAACUUCUUACAACUUUAGGAUUACUCUACUUACAGCUUGGCAUUUACCAGAAGGCAUUUGAACACCUUGGAAAUGCACUGACUUAUGACCCUACCAACUACAAGGCCAUCUUGGCAGCAGGCAGCAUGAUGCAGACCCAUGGAGACUUUGAUGUUGCCCUCACCAAAUACAGAGUUGUAGCUUGUGCUGUUCCAGAAAGUCCUCCACUCUGGAAUAACAUUGGAAUGUGUUUCUUUGGCAAGAAGAAAUACGUAGCAGCUAUCAGCUGCCUGAAACGAGCCAACUACUUGGCACCCUUUGAUUGGAAGAUUCUCUAUAACCUGGGCCUUGUCCACUUGACCAUGCAGCAAUAUGCAUCAGCUUUCCAUUUUCUCAGUGCAGCAAUCAACUUCCAGCCAAAGAUGGGGGAACUCUACAUGCUCUUGGCUGUGGCUCUGACCAACCUUGAAGAUACUGAGAAUGCCAAGAGAGCCUACACAGAAGCAGUCCGCCUGGAUAGCCUAAGCUCCACAGAAUUCCUGUCCGGUUGCCACAGGUGUAAUCCUUUAGUGAACCUCAACUACGCUGUGCUGCUGUACAACCAGGGCAAGAAGAGGGAAGCCCUGGCCCAGUAUCAGGAGAUGGAGAAGAAAGUCAACCUACUCAAGGACAGUAGCUCUCUGGAAUUUGACUCUGAGAUGGUAGAGGUGGCUCAGAAGUUGGGAGCUGCUCUCCAUGUUGGGGAGGCACUAGUCUGGACUAAACCAGCUAAAGAGCCCAAGUCACAGCACCGGACCACUUCAACCAGCAAAGGUGCCUGUUUCCAGCAGCCUCUGGGCUCUAAUCAAGCUCUGGGACAGGCCAUGUCUUCAGCAUCUGCAUUCAAGAAGCCCCCCUCAGAGAGAGGGGAAGGCAGGGAGAAAGAUGAGAGAGACAUCGGUAUGUGAAACAUUGAUCAGUUGCCUUCUGCACACGCCCUGACCGAGGACUGAACCUACAACCCAAGCAUGUGUCCGGACCAGGAAUCAAACUGGCAACCUUUUGUUUUGUUGGAUGAAGCCCAACCGAGCCACACCAGUCAGGGCUUAACCAAGGAAUUUUAAGACAAUCAAUCAAUGAUACCACUGAUGAAAUGCUAUCACAAUACUAUCUAUAUGUCCUUUUUAGAAGAAAGGUUAUGUAUCAUCGUUCCUUUGGGAAAGUUGUUAUUCAAGUGUAAAAAUAG